CCCAAAUCCCCCAACCAAACACAGCGUUAAUGAUAUUGAAAACAAAUGGAAGAUGCAUAAUGGCGGUGACGAUAGUGUUGCUGCUGGAUCAGAUGAUAUGAUACUUCAUAAUUUAAGUGUAGGCCCAUGGUUCUUUGAGGCCGAGGUUGUAGACUAUCUGUUGUAUCAGACAAUCUUUGAUCAACCUGGAAAGAUCAUGAAGGUGUAUGCGUAUGAUUUGACUGCAGGAAAGGAGGAUGAAGAACAAGAGACUGGAGAAGAAGCUGAAACAUUUGAUGAUGAUCCUCUUCCAGAUGAUUAUAGUUUGGUUACAGUUCCAAUAUUUGGGUUGAGUCAUGUAACCGACACAGUCACUGCUUCAAAGUCGACUGUGGCGUUUGUGGUUCAUCUUAGGAACAACGUGUUUUGCCUAGUUUGCAUCUACACAUCUCGCAAUGCCGGAGGACGCGCUCGUCAUGUUCGGGCAUGCGUAUUUGAAGUUGACUCAGUUGAAUUGUUAGAAGGGACGGAGUUCACAAAACGCUAUCUUGUAGCAGAAAAUGUGACACAAGCUGACUGGAUCAUCGACUCAGGCCCUAAGUUGGGAAUCUUUUCAGCAAGGUGCAAAAUUCCGAACAAAGGGCAUCAGAUCUAUUUUCGACGACCUCGUGAAAUUUCAACAUGAAGGAAAACCAAAUUUUUAUCAAGAUGGUGUAGCUGGUAAAGUUAUUCAAAAAGGAAAAGGUAAUCUUGUUCGAGAAAUUAAUACACAUAUGAUGAUCAGGGGAGACUAGUUAAUCAACACGCUGUAGCAGGUAUGGGAGGAACUGCAUUUCCAUUCACACGCGCCCACAUUUAGAGAGAGAGAGAGAGCAUUAGCAUAAUGGUGGUAAACUCAUUUAUGAUAUAAAAAAGCUCACAAUUUCAGUUUUUAUUUAGCUAUUUUAGUUAAAACUUCCUUGGUCUAGUUACUUCAAUUCA